AUGCUAUAUACUACUUCACGUGCCAUCACCCACUUCGGCAAAGGAAUCCACCGCAUUUUAACUGUUGAAAGGGACUUUGGUGCUCCGGCUCAACCACCCGCAAUCCCUCCAGUUCAACCUCAUCACCGCCCGACUACCCCAUUGUCAAAGCGAUUCCCCGAAUUGCGCCUGGAACUCGCGACAAUGCUGAUCCCCAAAGCUGACCGCAAGAAGAUCCACGAGUACCUCUUCCGUGAGGGCGUGCUCGUGGCCAAGAAGGACUUCAACCUUCCCAAACAUGGCGACAUUGACACCAAGAACCUCUACGUGAUCAAGGCCUGCCAAUCUCUCACCUCGCGUGGCUACCUCAAGACCCGUUUCUCCUGGCAAUACUACUACUACACCCUCACUCCCGAGGGCCUCGACUACCUCCGCGAAUGGCUCCACCUGCCCGCUGAGAUCGUCCCAGCUACCCACAUUAAGCAGCAGCGCUCGCACGCUCCCCCACGCGGCAUGAUGGGCGGCGAGGAGCGCGAGAGACGUCCCGGCGGUCGUGGUGGUCCCCGCGGCGACCGUGGUGAGGGUGGUUACAGACGUCGUGAGCAGGGCGAGGGCAAGGAAGGUGGUGCUCCUGGUGACUUUGCUCCUUCUUUCCGUGGCGGCUUUGGUCGUGGACGUGGUGUUCCUCCCCCAUCUUCUUAA